AGUGUUAAUUGCAUUUUCUGGUUCUAUAAAUUACAGACAGUGUACUGGGUUCAGGUUGGGCCUGGUCACCACAAAUUACGUUUUUUGUGGGAAACAUGGCUCGGUGAUUAUCGGUGAAAAGAUGUUACAUCGGGCUAACCAGAAUACGGCCGCAGGAGAAACAGUAAUGUGUGGUUUAUAAAAUAGCAGACAAAAUCUAAACUCCGUGAAAUAAAUUCAAUUAUUUUAUCAAAUUCGAUCAAAUCGUGUGUUCGUACCAGCAUAAUUGAAUGCACUGUCAAAAACAAUAAAUAAACAAAUGCUAUUGCAGCAGCGUAGGAAAGUUUAUUCGUCCUAAUCAAGAAAUCAAGAUAAGUGAUAUAAAAAGCUUGACUUGCUGAGAGUGAGCUUGAUUAAACAAAUAUAAAAUGUCAAGACAAGGACUUCACUUGUUCCUUCUAGGUCUUCUUGCACUUAGAUCAGUUCUGAGCUACGAGUUUAUGGACGACAUGUACUACGAGUAUGACAACUUGAACACUAUUGAGGAAUCAGCUGUACAUCAAGUCGGUACAGUACAAACACCAGCCUUCAUUACGUCAUCAUUAGAUAAAACUGUCAAUGAGGGUGAGACGAUACGACUGCCCUGCAAGGUUGAUAAUCUGCAGGGGUUUGUUCUUCUGUGGAAAAAAGAUGAAAAAAUUCUUACUUUAGGAAACAGUAUUGUUAAUAAUGAGGAUGGAAGGUAUCUGCUAGAACUGGGAAUGGACGGUAACACUCUGGUGAUUAGGCUGGUCAACCCGGCAGACCAGGGUCUGUAUACCUGUCAGGUUUCUGCAUUUAAACCCAGCUAUAUAUCUCACAGACUAGCUGUCAGAGUUAAACCAGUAAUCAGGAUUGAAGAGGGAGCUAAAAUUGUUCUAAAGGAGGGUGUAGAGUCAAGACUUACUUGUUCCGUCCUCUCCGGGUCUCCUGAACCUACCCUUACCUGGAGACUAGAUGGAAUAAAGGUUGGUGAAGGGAGACAUCUAGUCUGGUCUUCUAUAGAUAGGAUGGAUAGUGGUGUGUACAGCUGCGAAGCUCAGAAUGGUUUCAGUACAACACCUUCAGUUGAGAAUAUUACUGUACAAGUACAAUAUGGUCCAGAAAUUAUGUUCAACUCUAAACUUGUAGAAAUGGACAACUCAUCACUUGUUACAGAAGUUAACUGCACUGCAACUGCACUUCCUAAACCCAGUGUAGCCAUUUUAAAGGGCCCCUCUGCAGUGAUCAGCAACACUUCAACACAAAUAGGAGAUACAGUCACUAUAACUGCUAGACUAUAUGGAGAAGAUAUAGAAGGAAAAUAUACAUGUAUAGCAACAAACAGACAUGGUGUAGCAGAUAUUAACCUUCAUAUUACAGCUCCCACAACAACAACAACAACAACAACUACAACAACAACAACAACAACAACAACAACAACGACAUCAACUACUACUACCACAACUACAAUUACAAGAACUAUGUCGAAAGAGACUGAUCUAGAGGGGUCUCGUACUGACGAAUUUAACCAAUAUGUUUCUGACUCUUCGUUAUCCUGUUCUCCAACCCAUCCUUCUUCAAUAUCAUCUCUUCUUCUUCUCCUCCUUCUCCUCCUCAGUUCCUGCCUUCAUACCAGAUAUAUAUAGAACUAGAGUUCUCCAACCCAUCCUUCUUCAAUAUCAUCUCUUCUUCUCAUCCUUCUCCUCCUCAGUUCCUAUCUUCAUACCAGAUAUAUAUAGAACUAGAGUUCUCCAACCCAUCCUUCUUCAAUAUCAUCUCUUCUUCUCAUCCUUCUCCUCCUCAGUUCCUGCCUUCAUACCAGAUAUAUAUAGAACUAGAGUUCUCCAACCCAUCCUUCUUCAAAAUCAUCUCUUCUUCUCAUCCUUCUCAUCUUCAGUUCCCACCUUCAUACCAGAUAUAUUUCAACCAGCUCAGGGACUCAGAGGACUUUAAUCGGUGAUUCAGGAUUUAAACCCUGUAGGAGUUCAGUGAUCUCUCCAAUUCAUUAAAUUCGGUCACAGAAGUUCUUCUGUUCAAUUCCUUAUUUUAUCAUGAAGGAUAGAAAACUUGCAUUUAUAAAUAAAACUGCUUAAAGGGAAUCUUCCUUAAACAAAUGAAUGAAAAAGGAAAAACUAUUUUUACCUAAGAAACAACAGUUCUUUGUUUAAAUUAGAAGUAUCAGACACAAAGCUACAUUAUUGUAAAAACAUAAUCCUGACCAACACAAAUUAAAAAUAACUGAUCUUUCACAUUCCAUGUAAUUAUAAAGUUCCAAAUUAUUUUAAUGUGACAUUCUUGAAAAAGUCUUUUUCAUUCUAAAGUCGUCAAGAGAAAAUUCAUCCUGCAAAGAAAUCUUAAUUUAUGAUCCAGUGAGUUGUAUCAAGUCAGAUUAUCUAAAAGUCAGAAAAUAAUUGUUUCCAGAUCUAUGUUUACUGUUUAGUGUUGACUAAUAAAUAAUAAUGUAUUUUAAUUUUAUAACCAUGUGAAUAAUUCAUUCAGAUCCUGUACAGUUUCAGUUCAGAUAAUAAAUUUUAUCAAAUAA